CCGUGGCGAAAGUGCGGCUGCGGAAACGCGGCGAGGCCGGCGGCUGCGCAGGAGGAAGCCGCUGGAGGCGGCGAGACCUGCGGGGACGCCAUGGGCCGCCUGCACUGCACGCAGGACCCCGUGCCCGAGGCCGUGGGCGGCGACAUGCAGCUGCUGAACCAGCUGGGCGCGCAGUUCUCAGACCUGACAGAAGUGCUUUUCCAUUUCCUAACUGAGCCAAAAGAGGUGGACCGGUUUCUGGCUCAGCUCUCUGAAUUUGCCACCAACAAUCAGAUCAGUCUCGGCCCCCUCAGAAGCAUUGUGAAAAGCCUCCUUCUGGUUCCAAAUGGUGCCUUGAAGAAGAGUCUCACAGCUGAGCAGGUCCGGGCCGAUUUCAUGACUCUGGGUCUUGGUGAAGACAAAGCCACUUACUUUGCUGAAAAGUGGAAGCAGAAUGCCUUCACCCUUGCUCGAUGGGCCAUAGGCCAGACCCUGAUGAUUAACCAGCUUAUAGAUAUGGAGUGGAAAUUCGGAGUGACAUCUGGGAGCAGUGAACUGGAGAAAGUGGGAAGUAUUUUUUUACAAGCUGUAAAGUGGACCGUAACUGGAGUAGCUAGAAGUGAAUGCCAUCGUCCCACGUCUGAGCCAGCAUUGCUGUCAGAGGAGCAAAGGUGUCUGGGGCCUGGAUGGACUCAGGAGCCAGCCCACAAAGGUGGGAGAGGCCGCCUGGCUGAGGAGCUGAGAGUGUCCGGCUGUGCACCUGGCCCUGCCACAUAGUUGCUGUGGAACGUGGACAAGUGAUUUUCGUCUCUCAGCCUCAGGGUCGUCAGCUGCAAAACAAGUACAGCCACUCUCCUGGGUCCUGAAAGGAGUCACUGAGGCUGUGCAUGCAGGGGGUCCGAGUCCAACCUCAGAGGGUGCUCCAAGCACCUCCGCUUCCCAGCGCCUGGGCCCAGUCACUUAGGCUUCUUAGAUGGGCUCAGUUUGCCCUUCUGUAGUAUAUGGAGGAUGAUCCCAUGCGUCGGACUCCCCCAUAGCUUCAGAUUAUUGGGAUGACUCAACAAAACGAACCACUUAACUACCUAGCAAGGGUGCCAUGAGUCGUGAGGGCUCCUUUAGCUGUUACUAUGGGGGUUUUGCUGGUAGUAACAUCUGUCCCCAGCCCCCACCUGCCCCUGCCUAGGGCUUCUCCUUCUCACCCACAAUAGGAGACUUGUACAGAUGGGAGCAAACGACCCUCAUCAGGUGCCCCAGGCCGGAGGUGAGUUCCCAGGGGCUUUGGGGUACAAAGCUGCGGGGUGGCUGUGCAGUGGCUGCCGCCAGCAGCCCAAAAGGCCACGUCUCUGGGAAGCUCCUGGGAGAGCUAGGCCUUAGGGUCUUGGCUAGGCCCUGAGGGUCCAGGCAGUCAGUGAAUGCUGGUCUUCUCCUGACCUGCCCCUGCACUGUCUCCAGCUGCUCAGGCAUCACCACGGUCUACAUUUCUGCUCACACAGUGUCAGAGGCAAGGGAAUGCUUGAAACACAACAAAUGGCUUUAUUGUUUUCCUGAUUGUAAAGGUACUUCUUGUUCAUUGCAGGAAAAUGUGGGAAAAUUCAGAAAAAUAUAUUAAGAGCACCCCAAGUCCCAAUCUUCAGGUAUUUUUAUUAGACAUAGAUUGUUUUUACAAGAAAGGAAUCCUAUGACACUUGCUUUUAAAUUGGAGUGAGCAUAUUUUGUUUUUUUUAACUUUUUAAUUAAAACAUUUGGCACAUACAGAAAGACCAUAUAAAGUAAUUGUUCAUCUUAACAUAUUAUUCUAAGGCAAACACCCUAGGAAUAACCUCCCAGGUGAAGAACGCUACCAGCUUCCCACAAGCCCUCAGCAUGCCCCAUCUCCCUUCCUUCCCCCCAAAAGUUACUGUUAGCCUGAUUUCAAGAUAACCACUUUCUUGCUUGUUAUCACCAGUGUGCAUCUCUAGUACUAUAAUUUUUUCUUCUUUAGAAAAAAAAUCUGUCUUUUACCCUCCUUUUAAUCUUCAGGUUUAUAUUUUAACUUGAUUAUUUUUUUGACUUGACAGUCUGUCUUGGACUUGUCCAUGUUAGUAAAUGUGGCUUUCAUUUUCAAUCUUCUUUAAGGACUCCACUGUUUCGUCAUAAGGUUGAACAUACUGACCCAUUCCCCUACUGAUGGACACUUACAUUAUGCUCACACUUUUGCUGUUACAAACAGUUCUGUGAUUCUGUGAUGGAAAUAUUUAUGUUUGUCCUUGUGUACUUCACUGAUUCCUAGAAGAAAUUUCUAGAAGUGGAAAGAAAUCAUGGGUCCAAAAGAUGCUUUUUUUUUUGUAAAUAACGGUCUUAUUGAGAUGUGGUUCGCAUGCCAUAUAAUUUACCCAUUUAAACAUACAAUUCAAUGGUUGCAGUAUAUUCAGAUUUGUACAACCAUCAGUAUGAGAACAUUUCAUCAUCCCAGGAAGAACCCCAUACCCAUUACUCCCCAAUUCCCUCCCCCUAGCUUUGGGCAACCACUGCUGUAAAAGAUAAUCUGCUUCCUGUUUCUAUAGAUUUGCCUAUUCUGGACAUUUCAUAUAAAUGAAAUCAUACAAUGUGUGAU